AUGGCCCCGCGCGCGGGACAGCUGGAGCCAAGGGGGCCGCUGCUACAGGGGGUGCUGCUCGUGGCGGCGGCGCUGAGCCAGCCCGCUGCGCCCUGUCCCUUCCAGUGCUACUGCUUCGGCGGCCCCAAGCUGCUGUUGCGCUGCGCGUCGGGUGCUGAGCUCCGGCAACCGCCACGGGACGUGCCGCCCGACGCGCGCAACCUCACCAUCGUGGGCGCCAACCUGACGGUGCUGCGCGCGGCCGCCUUCGCAGGCAGAGACGCGGACGGGGAGGAGGUGGCGGCGGACGGCGUGCGCUUGCCGCUACUGACCGCUCUGCGCCUCACCCACAACAACAUCGAGGUGGUGGAGGACGGCGCCUUCGACGGGCUGCCUAGUCUGGCGGCGCUCGACCUGAGCCACAACCCGCUGCGCUCCCUGGGCGCCGGCGCUUUCCGCGGGCUGCCGACGCUACGCUCGCUGAAGCUCAACCACGCGCUGAUGAGGGGCGGCCCCGCGCUGCUGGCCGCGCUGGACGCCGCGCUCGCCCCGCUUACAGAGCUGCGCCUCCUGGGCCUGGCGGACAACGCACUGAGCCGCCUGCCGCCUGCCGCGCUUCGCCUGCCGCGCCUCGAGCAGCUGGACGCGCGCCUCAACGCGCUGGCCGGCCUGGGCCCCGACGACCUGCGCGCGAUUGAGCGCGAUGGCGGCCUGCCCGCGCCGCGCCUGCUGCUUGCCGACAACCCACUGCGCUGCGACUGUGCCGCGCGCCCUCUGCUGGCCUGGCUGCGUAACGCCACGGAGCGCGUCCCCGACGCGCGGCGCCUGCGAUGCACCGCCCCGCGGCUGCUGCACGACCGGCCUCUUCUGGACCUGGACGAGGCGCGGCUGCGCUGCGCCGACCGCGACGCCGAAGGUCGCGGGGAAGAAGUAGAACUCACCGGCCCGGAGCUGGAAGCCUCCUAUGUCUUCUUCGGGCUGGUGCUGGCGCUCAUCGGCCUCAUCUUCUUAAUGGUGCUCUACCUAAACCGCCGCGGCAUCCAGCGCUGGAUGCGCAACUUGCGCGAGGCCUGCCGGGACCAGAUGGAGGGCUACCACUACCGCUACGAACAGGAUGCCGACCCGCGCCGCGCGCCUGCCCCAGCCGCCCCCGCCGGCUCCCGCGCCACUUCCCCGAGUUCAGGCCUCUGA